AUGCUUGCAGUCUCUGCUGGAUUAGGCCACUACUUUAUUGAUCUUUUUCGUCCUUCCCAAGUUCGUGGCGCCUUUUCCGCACAACAAUGGCAAUCGCCCAAUUCAUCUGGGCCACAGGAUAUAUGGCGUAGAUACUUCUCAAGUCCUGUGAACACACCCAAGCCUCGCGAAAUUGGCGUGAACCCUUCCGAGUUGGUCGGAAAAGUUCUGAAACAUGUCCAACGUUCUCGAAACCAUCCCAGCGUCACCCUCCACUUCACCGACAACACUGUAUACCAGAUCCUCGUCGAUGGCUAUAAUCCGGUACAUCGUGGUCUUCCAAAGGAUCUCGAGAUGGAUUCCGGGCUUGAGCCUAUCCUCAACCCAGCGGACGGUCGAUGCGACGUGAACCUCACGUUGACCAAUGCCACAGUCAUCACGAUGGUGGACAAAGCAUUCCAACUUGGGGAAAGGGAAAGCCAGUGGGACCAGCAGCACUCAGCACUUGCCCUCAGGUUUGCAGAGGACAAUCAGUGGCACUGUGUUUGGGCGACGCUGAUGGACUGGGAGCGCGACGAGUCUGGAGAGUCGCGAUGUGUCUUUCGGAGCUAUCACGACGUGUAUGUCAAUACCUUCCAACCUUCUGUGCGGAAGGGUGCAGGCGUGUACAAAAGCUUUUGGCGAGGAAUCCGCAAGUUGAAUCGAAAGCCUGCGUAG